UUGAAGUUGUUUACAAAAGCACAAAAAAGAAAUAUUUGUUAUAUUUCUAAAUAAAAAUAUGAGUUCGCUUCAAGAAAGAUUGCAAUUAAAGCGAGUACCAUUAGACACUUGGAAUACAAGAGAACAACUAUGUUUAGCUUCAGCCGUAGUUAGGAGUGGCGAUCAAAACUGGAUGUCUGUUUCACGCGCGUUGAAGACCAUAGGCGAGCCGAAUAGACCACCCGAUUGGUAUUCACAGAAAAGUUGUGCAGCACAAUAUGGAGCUCUAUUAGAGCAUGUUGAGACACCUAAGCGUAAGAAGAGGAGCUCAGAAGGUGCGGUAGAGACCCCACAGGAGAGUAUCUUAAAGAGACUCACACAGGAACGGAUUGCAGAGAUUCAUAAAGUGAUUGCGGAUCUUACACAACAAUAUGAACAAACACAGAAAGAGAUAACAGAACUAUCAGAUCCGACAACAUCAGAUGAAAGAGUACAUGAAUUAUGGAACGCAACGGAAGCAGAGAAGAGGGCGAGAGAGCGAGAGAAUGCGAGACGGCUUGCACUACUGAAAGAAAGAGAGGAAAGACGAAACCGGACUGAAAGGGCUUGGAGACCAGGACAACAAUCACCGGGAUCAGGUUCCCCCGUCCAACCUUCAUCACCGUUAUUAACAUCGUUGCUCAAAUCAUCACCUGUGGUGACGAUUCCGCAGCAUAUCUCACAUCCAGCUAAUACUGUUGAUACAUUGUCCCCGUCAGCGGGUGCUCCGACACUAUCAAUGUUGUUAGAGAAGCCCCAAGGUGGCUCCAGUCCUCAAGAAAGUAAACACGCAGCAAUAGAACAUAUUAAGAGUCAGCUGGUGCAGAUCGAACAACAACUGAAAGCGGGCACAUCAACCCCAUCACCAGUUCUAACCCCCCCAGUACCCGCAGUGGAUAUAGAUGAUAUAGAAAUAAAAGCUGAAGAUGUAUACGCCUUCAGAGAUAUAGACAUACAUAUACCACCUGUCACUUCUAUGCAUAAAACAGCUGCUAGAAUAGAAAAGCCCGUUUAUAAGAAAGAAGAAGAAAAAUCUACUGAAAUAAGUAAUUUAGAGACAACACAAGAUGUGGAAAUAAAGGAAGAACCAAUGGUAGUUGAUUCGGUGGAAAAAGAAGUUGUUGAACAAGAGAAAAUGCAAGAAGAAGAAGUAAUAGAAGAGAAUCAAACAGAAGUAACAUCAGAUGCAGAAGUGAAGAUAGCUUUUCCAGAAGUCAAGUUCCCAACGCCUGAGAUAAAAGUCAUACAACCUGAAGAUAAUGCGAUAAAAGAAGAAAUACAAGAAGCAGAAACAGAAGAAACAGAGACAGAACCGGAAAAAGAGGUUGAAGAAGAAAAAACUAUAGAAGUGGAAGAAGUUCAAAUUGAAGAAGUAACCGCACAAGAGGUAGAAGAAAGCAUUGAAACUCCCUCAGAACCUGUAAUGGAAGAGAAAGUAGAAGACAAAGAAGAGAUUGUAGAAGAAACUAAAGAAGCAGCGGUAGAAGAAUUACAAGUGGACGUUAUUAAAGCAGAAGAGAUACCAUUGCCACCUGAAAUAGAAACUACAGAAGAAAUAGUUGUACCAGAAACACCAGUGAAAGAAGAAUCAAUCGAAACUCCACAAGAAACAGAAAUACAAGAAGAUAUCAAAGAAGAUAAAGAAGUAACUCAACAUUUAGAGAACGAAGCAGAAGUUAACACAGAAGAGAAGAUAGAAGAUGUUAAAAUAGAUGAAGAUGCAGAAGAUUCAAUACCAUUAAAAGAGAUGAUAAAAGAAGAAUGUAUAGAAGAGAAGACAGAAGAAUUAAAUCGUCCCUUAGAUACAGAAGAUACACACACAGAGACAGAUGAUGAUACUCCAAUGGAGUUAAGCAGAGAAGAAGAAAAAGAUGGAAAGAAGAAACGUGAUUAUUCUAGAAAGAAGAAAUCUGAAUCAAGAACAUGUUCUGGAUCAGAGAGCGCUGCGGAGGCGAGUGCACCAGACUCGCCAAGUGCUAGCGAUGCUGAAAAACAACAUCGUUUGUGGAAGAAGAGUGUUAUGUUGGUUUACAGCAGGUUAUGUGCACAUAAAUAUGCAUCAAUAUUCCUCCGACCCAUAUCUGAUGAAGAAGCUCCAGGUUACAGUGUGGUGGUGAAGAGACCCAUGGAUCUUACUACAAUUAGGAGAAACAUUGACUCCGGUCAGAUACGUACAACAGCGGAGUUUCAACGUGACGUACUGUUGAUGUUGUCUAACGCUCUCAUGUACAACAGUAGAGAGCACAGUGUUCAUACAAUGGCCUUGCAAAUGCACGAAGAGGCUCAGUGUCAGUUAGGCAUGUUGCUGGCUGCGCAGGCUCACGCAGGUCUUGUGGCCGCCCCCCCUCGCCGUAAGCGUCGCGCCCCCCUCCCCACCAGACAGCCUCGCACACCUAACUCAGAUGUACCGCACGGCGCCAAACGACAACACUGAUUACAGCGACAUCUACAAUAAUAAACAUAUACAAGCAG